AUGAUUUUUGUAUUUUCAUUUCUGCUAUUAAUAUUUUCAAGUUGUAAAGCAUCUUUCGACGAUGAAAUGGAAGCAUGUGGAAUAACAGAUCCCCAAGAAAUCUCAACUUUGAGAAAUGGAUCUGAAACUAUUGAUUAUGGUUUUGCAGAGCCUUACAAGGCCUACAAGAAUUUUUCGAAAGAAUGUGAAAAGAUUCAGCCAAUUGCCGCGAAAUACAAAUGCUUGUUAGCUGAUACAAUUCAAUUGGGAUGUAAGAUUUGGGAUUUCUUCGCAGGACCAUUCAAUAAAUGUAUUCGUAAAUUUGAAAAAUAUUACGAAAUUACCACGUUUAAUUGGCACGAAGGUUCGUAUACAAGAUGUGUGAACAUGUGGCAGAUUUAUAAGUGGACAAGUCAUGUGAGUAAAAAAAUACUUUUUUUGGAUUCGAAAUUUAAUAAUGCGGUUUCAGCAAAAUUACGAUUGCUUUUAUUGUAAGCAUUUCUUUGGGGAAGACAAUUGUAUGAAAUGGUUGGUUAUUGAAAAAUGCGGAAAGGAAUCUUGGAUACAGAUGAGAGAUUUCUUUGCAACUACUGAUGAACAUUGUGAUUUUAGUGAUCUAUGA